UUCCUAUCAUUGGGUUUUCGACAAAAAAUUCCAUAACCACAACUGGGAAAGUAACACUGGGAGUCGUUGUAGGUGGAUUUGUAGUUCAAAUGGUCUUUAUGGCUUCUGUGCAAUUUUUAUACUUUAGGAUUGGGGAUAAAUAUGUACAUAUAUGCAAAGAAUUGAAAGAGAGUCUGAAGAAAACACUCUGGGCCAUAUUUGCAUUUGUGAUAAUCAUGGUUUUAUUUGCAAUUGGUGUUGUUAUAUUUCUUGCCAAGUAUUAUUCUGGAAAUGCAACAAUAGGAGAAAUUGCACAAAUUGGAACAUUUUUAACUGUCUUUACAGUUCUGAUGAUUGCGUUCUUAACCCCUGUUAUUCGGUUUUGCAUUCUUAUGAUUCGUCAUAUAAGGACAGAAAUUGGAUUUUAUAGAUUCUUUCGUUUAUUCAACAGUCAAAAUAUGAUGUUUAAUAUGCAGAUCCUUACUCUUUAUAUCCAGCUUAAAGCGUGGAUGCAAGGCACAAUUUUACUUGGAUAUUUCAUCCCAAUGACAGUCACUUAUUUGGGAAUAUGUGUGUGCUUUAUUGCCAAAAGAUUUCUGUGCUUAUUCAGACAUUUCUAUCUGGCUCAGAAAAUCCUUUUGGGGAUUUUAUUCUCACUGCACCUAAUAUUAAGUCUCCUGUAUCUCAGUCUGGUUUUAGACAAUGACAAAGUUCUGACCACAGAACGACCUGUAAAGAUCUGCGAGUUUGUGUUCAUCUACAUCCUGAUUGUCACAAACAAUGGUGACUGGUAUCGGGAUAAGCACCUUGCCAAACCUCGUAAAUAUGUACGUUUCUCAGGGGCUCUUGGUCUCCCUCUCCUGAAUUCUGCUGCCCUAGCUGUAGCAUUAAAACUCAAAGCAGACACAGGGAAACAGCCAUUGGAUCUACGGCUGAUUGUCCUGAUUUCUGGGUCUGUCUUCCUGUUUGGCUGGUUUGUUAUACAGAUGUCUGCAUACUGGUUGGACAAAGAAGAAAAAAUAAAAGAAGCGUUCACCCAGAUCAAAGAUCCUGAUCCAGACCAGGUCCUCUCCACUGACCCGGAGAUGUGUGAGCUGAUUCAGGAGCGGCUGGACCGUUUGCUGCAUGCUCAGCAGUGCCAGUGGGAGAAGCAGGACUUGGUUUUUCAUCAAUUCUGGCGGUGCUCCAAACCCCACUGCUGCACCAUGAGGAAGGUCCUGAAGCACAUGGCCAACUGCAAGAACAGCACGUCCUGCCAGGUGAAGCAUUGCGCUUCCUCCCGCCGGAUCAUGUCAAAGUGGGAGGAGGGCUACAUAUGGAGCUACAAGCCCAAGCUGAUCCAGGAGCAACUGGAGCUCCUGCAACACGCCGACCGGUGCCAGUGCAAGAAGCAGGAAUUCAGCCAAUGGUCGUGCUCCAGGCCCCACUGUGCCACCAUGGGGAAGGUCCUCAAGCACAUAAAGGAGGACUGUAACUGCCAGGCCGGCACGUCCUGCCAGGUGAAGCACUGCGCUUCCUCCCGCCGGAUCAUCUCAGAGAACAAGGGCUACGUAUGGAGCUACAUCGCUACAGAGGAGAGCAGCACUGAAGUCUGAAGGAUCCUAACCACACUUUGUUGUUUUCAGCCUACAGUCUUAAGUUUCCAAGUCCUGUUGUAUAAACUGGUCAGAUGAAUAGUCACCAGAUUAUCAAUGAUCUGUUACAGUUCAUUUUAUUAGACUUUUCUGGGUAGCAGAUGAACAUUUGCUUGUACAGAUUGGCAUAGAAAAUGGCUUUCUCAACCAGCCUUAAUCGGGUAAUCAGGGAGUAUGGUGUGUGUAUGUAUGUUCCAUCUCUUCACCAUGGUUCAUCAGUUUGUGUGGGUGAGUUCACGUCAGCUAGUGCCUCGCUGUCCUGUGGGGUACCUCAGGGUUCUGUCCUUGUGCAUACAUGCUACCGUUAGCUCGCAUUAUUAACUCUGUUAAGGAUAUUUGUUAUUUUUAUGCUGAUGACAACCAGCUUUACUGUUCUUUUAAGCCUCAACAUUUGCACACGUUUGCCUUCCUUGUUGACUGUCUGACAGUGAUUAAUAGAUGGCUUUUAGCUAACAAUUUAAAGCUAAACUCAGAUAACUGAUCUUCUCAUUUUUGCCCAUCCUGACCUGUAUCUGGCAAUUUGCCGUUACCUUUAAUCACUUUCUAGCUUUUCUUGGGUCUCUCUACAUAAUUUAGGUGUUUGUCUUCGAUCAGUCCUUGAAUGUUGAUGUUCAUGAGGUCCCUUAGUCCCUCCUGCUUUUAAACGUUUGAGAAUUUUGUCUAAGUUAAGGACUGUUGUCUCUAAAGCUGAGAUGGAAAUGCUUAUUCAUGCGUUUAUCUCAUCACACAUAGAUUUUUGUAACUCUAUUUUUAUCUGUCUAAGUAAAUCUGGAUUAACUCCUCUCCUUAGGUUAUAUUCUAUAUUUUAACUUCAAUGACAUUUUCUUUAUUUUAUUUUGCGGCGCUUUGUGACGUUUGAAAAAAAAAGUGCUUUAUAAAUAAACUUUACUU